GUCAGUCUUGGAGUGUGUGAAUUGGGGUGUGGGGUGGGCAUGAUGUGUGAUGUGGUUUGUGUUUUCUGAGCAUUUUGUGGCCGAAAGUGGGUGGUGUGGCUCAAGUUGUCCGAGAGAAGUUCAGGGACUUUUUAUAGGCCGGAUGAAGUAUACAACACAGUGGAACGUGUGAAUGGCCCACGCAAACUGCGUCGGUUUUGCCGUUUUGCUCUUUGUAUAACGUAUUUCAAGACAAGAAAGAACGGGCAGCCAAGAAGCCAUAUCACGUACGAGCAAGCUCUGAGAAGUCCGUGAUUGGAUCACAUAUUUAGCAAGAUGGGAAGAUCCAGCUCUUUCCUAUUGACUGGAAGGACUUGGACAAGUUACUUGGUAGUGUUGCAGCUUGUAUGCUGCGUUGGCAUAGCGAAAGGGCAGGGGCUUGGAUGUGACCGGACUGCAAGAGCUUUUAACACCUACAAAUUGGCUGCCAAUAGUGUUCCCUCACAUGACAUUCCAGGUGAUCACCUCCAGAUCUGCUCCGCCGCGCGCACCUGCUGCACAGAGGGCAUGGAGCUGCAGCUGAGCCAGUACUCCCGCCAUCAGCUGGACGCCGCCGUCCGACGCACCGUCGAGGAAGUGGCCGACGACAUGGGCUCGCAGGGAUCCAGCUUCGACGAGUUCUUCCGCAGCCUGAUGAAUGAGUCGCGCACGGCGCUGGACGCCAUGUUCAAGAAGACGUACGGCGUGCUGUACGAGCGGAACGCGCACGUCUUCACCGACCUGUUCAAGGAUUUGGAGCUGUACUACGCCACCGGCUCGCGCGACCUGGUGGACGUCAUGAACGACUUCUUCACCGUCCUGUACAAGCGCAUGUUCACCGUGCUCAACUCGCAGCACACGUUCGACGACAAGUACCUGCAGUGCGUGGCCACUCACAUGGAGGGCCUGAAGCCGUUCCGCGACGUCCCGGCGAAGCUGACGCAGCAGCUGAAGCGCUCCUUCGUGGCCACGCGCACGCUGGUGCAGAGCCUCAACACCGGCCACGAUGUGGUUAAGCGGCUGAAGACGGUGAACGUGACGCCGUUCUGCGGCAGCGCCCUGAUGAAGAUGAGCCAGUGCGGCACCUGCAACGGCAUGCCGCGGGUGAAGGCGUGCCAUGGCCUCUGCCUCAACGUCAUCAAGGGCUGCCUGGCGCACCACAGCCGGCUCAACGACCAGUGGCACGAGUUUAUCGAUGGCAUCACGAACCUUGUGGACAACGGAUACGACGUGUCGCGCAAGAUUUUCGAGGGCUGCGGCGACCCCAAGUUCCGGCGCCGGCGGCAGGCCGGCGGCGACGCGCCCUCCUACGACACGACCGACUUUCCAGAGGGUGCAGCUGCAGAGCUAUUCGGAUCAUGAGGUCGAGCAGCCGUCGCCGUUGUUGCGCGUUCUCGGCCAGAUCCGCAGCAAGGUGCGGCCGCUGAAGACGUUCUGGUACGACCUGCCCAGCCAGCUGUGCACGGACCGCGACAUGGCGGCACCGCCGGCGCGCAUCAUGAACUGCUGGAACGGCACCGCCAAGAGC